GUACCCAUCACCUCCACCACCUUCUCUUGCCCUUGACUCUUUCUCCAGCUUGGAUCUACUGCUCUCCUCCAGCUCAAGCAAGACUCCACCCCACCCGCACGCCCACGCAACAAUCUCAAAAACCUAAUUUAACCCAUUUCUGUGCAAUUUGAAGAGAUCCCAGAAAUCCCAGUAACCCAAUGGAUCUGCCUCCCGAUGAACUGCAAUUCUUGAGCAUCCAAGACAUCAUUAAAGAAUCAAUUUUCAUUCCUAAACGAUCCCCCAAAACAUUUUACCUCAUAACCUUAACCCUAAUCUUCCCUCUAUCGUUCGCCAUCUUGGCCCACUCGCUCUUCACCCACCCUAUCCUCACUCAGCUUCAGUCCGAGCCAGCUGGGUCCCGUGCCGCCUCCUCCGAAUGGUCCAAGCUCCUUAUUUUCCAGUUCUGCUACCUCAUCUUCCUUUUUGCCUUCUCGCUCCUGUCCACCGCCGCCGUCGUCUUCACCGUCGCCUCACUCUACACCUCCAAGCCAGUCUCCUUCUCCUCCACCAUGGCAGCCAUUCCCAGUGUCUUCAAGCGGCUCUUCAUCACCUUCUUGUGGGUUUCUCUUACUAUGGUCCUUUACAAUAUUUUUUUCUUGGGAUUUCUCGUGCUUCUGAUUAUUGCGGUGGACACUCAGAACGUUGUCUUGUUUAUAUUCUCGAUUGUGGUUGUGUUCUUGUUGUUUUUAGUUGUGCAUGUUUACAUAAGUGCACUGUGGCAUCUGGCUAGUGUGGUGUCUGUUCUUGAGCCUAUUUAUGGAUUUUCAGCGAUGAAGAAGAGCUAUGAGUUGUUGAAGGGGAAAAUUGGCAUGGGAUUUGUACUGGUUUUUGGGUACUUGGCUAUUUGUGGAGUGAUCAAUGGGCUAUUUGGGUCAAUUGUGGUGCACGGUGGAGAGCAUUAUGGGGUGUUGACAAGAAUUAUGGUCGGCGGGUUCCUAGUUGGGGUUUUGGUGAUUGUGAAUCUUGUAGGGCUAUUGGUGCAGAGUGUGUUUUACUAUGUCUGCAAGAGCUACCAUCAUCAAGGGAUUGAUAAGAGUGCACUGUACGAUCAUCUUGGUGGAUAUCUUGGGGAAUAUGUGCCUCUCAAGAGCAGCAUUCAGAUGGAAAACAUGGAUGUGUGAGACAAUGAUUGUGUGCUAGAGAGGGUAAAUUUCUGUAAUUUUUUUAGCUUUUAUGCUACCAGAAAAACAUUGUGUAGAUAAGAAAAUAUCUGAAAUGAAUGUGUUUUUUGUGACAUUUAUAUUAACUGUUACAAUAAGAAUUGAGGCGCUCCGUUUCUUAA